GACUUCACUCUAGUCUUGACAGUCAUUCGCUUUCUGUUUCACGAGUGAACACUUGUGCGGUCUACUCGGUUUCCGUGCAGCGCGGGUGUCAUGGCGACUACGGACCAGUCCUGCGGUAUCGGCCGGUGCCACCCGCCUUGGCUGCAGAAGCUGGCCACUCCCAGGUGUUUCCUGGUCGUCUACAGCUUGAUGGGGAUCGUCCAGGGCAUCAGCAGCAGCUACAGCACAGCCACGCUGUCCACCCUGGAGAAGCGGUUCAAAAUCCCCACCCAAACCAUAGGUGUUCUGAAGACCGGCAACGAGCUCAGCCAGAUACUGCUGUGCCUGGCGGUGGGCUACCUGGGCGGUCGAGGCAGCAGACCUCGGUGGCUGGCGUGGGGGGUCGUCGCCUCCGCCGCCUCGUCCUACCUGCUGGGCCUUCUGCACGUGUGGUACGGGCCCGGCCGGGAGGCGCUGGCGCUCACGGAGGAACACUUCGACAUCAGCGUCUUCAACGCCUCUCUGCCUUCCCAGCGGGAGGUGCCUCUGCUCUGCCAGGCGAACAGGACAUCAUCAGAAGUGUGUCAGCAAGAGCACACCACCAGCGGGGAGUACUCGCUGACUCCUCUCAUACUGAUCUUCCUGUCGGAGAUCAUGUUCGGCGUGGGCUACACCACGAGCAACAUGCUUGGUCAGACCUACAUGGAUGACCACGUCAAAAAGAAGAACACCCCAUUUUUGCUGGGUGUGAUCAUGUCGACAAACAUGUUCGGGCCCGCGCUCGGAUUCUCGUUCUCGUCGUACUGCCUGAGGCUGUACGUCGACCCCACCCUGACGCCCGUCAUCCAGCGCGAGGACCCCAGAUGGAUCGGCGCGUGGUGGUUGGGCUGGAUGCUGCUGGGCUCCGUGAAGCUGCUCAUGGCGCUGCUGGUGGCGUUCUUCCCCAAGGCGCUCCCGCGCCGCGACCAGCGCUCCGCAGGCGCCCACGGACCCAGGGAAGAGCGAGCGCUGACACGACUGGGAGACGCGCAGCCGCUGACUCCUUCAGCUUCAGCGGCCGACCUCACCGCGCUGAAGCACCGAGGCCGGUUCGACCAAGACAGUUUCUUGCAAUCCCUGCUACGACUUCUAAAAAACAAAGUUCUGAUAUGCAACAUUAUUGCCAACAGUGCGUUAAUAAUGGGUGCAUAUGGAUAUUGGCUCUACUUGGUUAAAUAUACAGAGACUCAGUACCACAAAUCAGCAUCAGGAGCAAGUAUGGUAGCAGGCGUGACAUUCAUAGUAGCAAUAUCUUUGGGAAUGAUGUGCUCUGGACUAAUUAUGGGGAAAUUCAGGCCAGGGGCAAAAGUCGUCCUCAGCUGGAAUAUUUUCAUUGGCUUGUUGCAUGUUGCUGGAAGUCUAAGCUUAAUUUUCUUAGGCUGUAAAGCCAAUGGCGUUUAUGGUGUCGAUAUCUUCAGAGGCACGGCUAAUUUCCAGAACGAGUGCAAUGACAUGUGUGAUUGUCAAAAUGUGAAAUACCAGCCUGUUUGCUAUGCUGAGAAGAGUAUUACAUUUUUCUCCCCUUGUCAUAUCGGAUGCAAGUCUAACUACCUUGAUACUAAUGGGUCAGUUGUGUAUUUCACCAACUGCACUUGCAUCCCUGACGUGUGGUUCAACAAGAGCUCACCAACUAGGACUGGGGGAUAUUCUGCCUCAGCAACGGUAUCCUACCUGGACGAAGCAAGCGUCACUAUAGCCAAUGGACCAUGCCCAGUUGACUGCUCCGCUAUGCUGCACAUGUAUCUCGGCAUAUUGUUUGUCAUCGAGCUACUGCUUGGCUCUGGUCGUGUGGCGAACGUCGUUCUGAAUUUAAGAUGUGUCGAUGAAAAGGAUAAGACGCUGGCUCAAGGACUCAGCCUUUUAGUUAUCAGUGUUUUCGGAUUGCUACCCACGCCGAUAAUUUAUGGAGCAUUGAUGGAUACAACGUGCUUGGUAUGGGAUUCGAGUUGCGAUUCGAAAGGUAACUGUUGGAUAUACGACAACAACAAGUUUCGUCUGUACUUCAAUCUUAUGGGUGCAGGAGCGAUAGCUAUUUCGACCUUGCUGGAUAUUAAAUUGCUUUCUCUAGCAAAGAAUCUUAACUUGUAUGAUGCUGAGAGUGAAGAAAAAGAAGAAAUCUUAUCGGAAAAUAAACCCAGCAUUUUGGUGAAAGUCAAAAACUAGCACCACUUUCACGUUUUUGCCAUAAUUACUUCAUUAAUAAAGAGACGGUUACAUCUCAGCAUCCAAAUGUUAGUGGGCAAAUUAUUUCAGCUUUGAUGAACCGUACAAUAGACUUAUUUAUAUAUAAUUAAAGUUGUUAAUUACUUUUUUUAAAUUAUAAUAUACAGGUAAUACUUUCAUUAAUUUUAAAUUAAUAUACAAAUAAAAUUGUAUUUUAGAUUUUUUCAGUCUCUCUCACACAUCUUAUUCCUACAAAUCUCAUUUACUUCCUACAUUCUCUCUGUGACAAUUAACAUCUGUUGCCAUGGAAAAUGUUUCAACUAACAAAUUGAAAUGUAAAAUUAAUUAUUUUGUUUACUACAAAAAUGCUUGUUUAGUAAUUUUCUCCGAAAAUAAAUUUUUGCUCUUGUGGUUGGUUA